GAGAAAACGUGAAACUAUUGGUUAAUUACAAAAAAACCCAAAACUAUGUCGUAUUUCACUUUGAGGGCCUGUUUGGUUCACCCAGGGCAACGAAGAAGCGCCCUAGAGAGUCGAUUCGGUAAAUGGGGGAGGAGGAAGUGAGUAGAGGUGAAGAUACUUCACUGUAUCUGAUCACAAAACCCGUUGAUGACUCUUCCCUUAAUCAAUUUUGUUAGCCAUUGAGGUUUGUUUGUUUGUUUACAUAUUACAACACUGUAUGAUGACGACGACGUAUCACUAAACAUAUUGAUAUUAGAAUAUUACAAAAUAGUUACAAAUAUUACUUUACGUUUAAAAAGCUUGUUUCUUAUGCUCGCCAUGGUAGUUAUGUAUAAGUUUGUAUUCUGUUAACAUUAUUAUAUACGGUUUGAAGAUCAGGCACGAAAUAUUCCCAUUUUAAAAAAAAUGUGAUAAGUUCGGUGACGAAGCCAAAGUUAAAAGAUGAAGAGUUUGUAGAGUCCACUACUUGUCCAGUCCUUAGAGGAACUGGCUUUCUCAGAACUGAAAACGAAUGGUGAACGACUACGUUUCCUCUGUUCUGAAAUCGCUGCUUCUGCUUCUUCAACUCGUCUUCUUGAGCCACCAUCAUGCUGGUUCUGCCUCAGUAAUCAAGUUUCUUCCUGGUUUUGACGGCCCUCUUCCUUUUGAGCUAGAAACCGGGUUUGUUUUCUUUUCAUGUUGUGUGAUUAGUAUUCCUUCCUUCCUUUUUACCAAAAAAAAAAAAUUAGUAUUCCUUACACUAUAUGUAGCAUACCUUACCAUAUGAAUAAUAGCAUCAAUGGCAGGGCCGGGCUUGAAAAAUAUUGGCCCACAAGCAAGAAAAUAUUGUUGGCCCUUUUGUUUAAUAAAAACAGUGAAAAUAUUGAAAAUGCAGCUGGGAGAUUUGAUCCCGGGUCCAGUUCCACAGUGAGAGCAAAGUUACCAGUAGAGCUAUAUGGUUUCUUUGUUCAUUAUUGGCCCUUAAAACAUAUAUAUAUUUUUUCGGGCCCCAAGCACAUGCUUGAUGGGCUUUAUUCAGGCCCGGCCCUGAUCAAUGGCCAUCGUUCUCUCAUCUUCAGGUCAGAGUUUAACCUUUUUUUUUUUGCUCCCCCACCAACAAGAUUCAAGGCUUUAUGUAAAUUUUGUACGUGUUUUGGGUGGCCAGUGGUGAUCACGAUAUGACAGUGCCUUACCUUGGAACUCAAGCUUGGAUCAGAUCUCUCAACUACUCAAUCGUUGAUGAUUGGAGGCCAUGGAUGAUCAACGAUGAUAUAGCUGGGUAUGUAUACACACCCAUCUUUCUUGAAUCGGUUAUGCCUCUUGUUUCCUUCCAUUAAUCUCACGUUGAGAUUAAUCUUACUUGGCAGAUACACACGGACUUAUGCAAAUAAUAUGACAUUUGCUACUAUCAAAGCAAGUCCUUCCUCUUUCUUUUUUGAUGUUUUCUUGCUUCCCACUCAACAUUUUUACUGCGGUUGAACUCAGUGGAGUUGUGUGUUUUGGAUUAUAGGGAGGUGGACACACAGCAGAGUUUAAACCAGAGGAAAGGUCCGUCAUGUUUCAGAGGUGGAUCAAUGGCCAACCUCUGUAAAAUAGGAGAGUGGCCUUUACCUAUAAAAGAGAAGAGAUUGUGAUUCUCUAACGUUAUGUGUGUACAUAUCCUAGUACAUACCUUCUCCAUAUAUAAAGACUAGGCUUGGCCUUUAUGUCACUUUGAACUAAACUGAGUAAGCUUCUCGAGACAUUAAAUCUUGAAACUGAAAUAUCAUAGUAAACAAUUUCCCCUUAUUUAAAAUCAUACAGUGAGAAUGUAUCAAAUCAUAUGAUGUUAUCCAUAUCUCCUUUGUUCAAUAUUGUUAGACAUUAUUGCUUGUUUGUAUGAAAACGACGUAUCACUAACAAUCUUGAAAUUAGAAUAUGAUAACAUAAAUAAUAACAUUAGAUUACAGAAAAAUAAAAGAAAACUUUUUUAAUGCCCACGACAAGCGCGAGGACAAUUAACAAGUAAUAAUAUUGUAUGCUUUUUGAUUAUAUUUUAGACUUAAAAUCUGGCACGAAAUUUUCCCAUUAAAAUAAUGUGACAAGCUCAAUGAUGAAUCCAAACUUGAAAGAUGAAGAGUGGGUAGGAGACUUUUUAUGGUUUUUCGUAUCAAGAUUCAGUAACUUGUCCUGUCCUCAAAGGCCAUUUGGAAAAACGAAUGGCUAAAGACUAUGUUUCCUCUGUUCUGAAAAGGCUUCUUCUGUUUCUUCAACUUGUCUUCUUGAUUCAGAAUGCUGAUUUGGCCUCUAUCGUCAAGUAUCUUCCUGGUUUUGAUGGCCCUCUCCCCUUUGAGCUCGAAACCGGUUACAUUGGUAUUGGUGAGAAGGAGGAAGUGCAGUCGUUCUACUACUUUAUCAAGUCUGAGAGGAACCCAGAAGAAGACCCUCUUCUAAUCUGGCUAAGUGGAGGACCUGGCUGCUCUUCCAUCUCUGGCCUUUUAUUUGAGAAUGGGCCUCUGGCUAUGAAGCUUGAUGUUUACAAUGGAACCCUCCCUUCGUUGGUCUCUACUACAUACUCAUGGACAAAGACUUCAAGCAUAAUAUACUUGGAUCAGCCUGUUGGUACUGGCUUCUCCUACUCUAGAUCUCAUCUUGUUAACAAACUUAGUGAUUCAGGAGAAGCCAAACGGAUCCAUGAGUUUAUUCAAAAGUGGCUAGGCAAGCAUCAAGAGUUUUCCUCCAACCCUUUCUAUGUAGGAGGAGAUUCUUAUUCAGGUAUGGUUGUUCCCGCACUCGUUCAAGAAAUCUCAAAAGGAAAUUACCAGUGUUGCAAUCCUCCAAUAAAUCUUCAGGGUUACGUGCUCGGUAGCCCAAUGACAGAACGUAAAAUUGAUGAUAACCAUCGUAUUCCAUAUGCUCAUGGUAUGGCGCUCAUCUCUGAUGAGCUCUACGAGUCGCUGAAAAGAAUAUGCAAAGGGGAAUAUACAUAUGUUGAUCCACUUAACACAAAAUGCUUAAAACUCGUUGAAGAAUAUCAUAAGUGUAUAGAUGGAUUAAACCUAUAUAAUAUACUACAACCUUGGUGCAAACAUGAGAAUCCAGAUUGCUUUUAUUAUCGCUAUGUGUUAUCUACUUACUGGGCCAAUGACAAAACCGUACGCAAAGCUCUUCAAAUCAAUGAGGAGAGUAUAGGGGAAUGGAUACGAUGUAAACACGAUAUUCCUUACACAAAUGACAUUAUAAGCAACGUACCUUACCAUAAGAAUAACAGUAUCAGUGGGUAUCCUUCUCUCAUCUUCAGUGGUGAUCACGAUAUGGUAGUGCCAUAUCUUGGAACCCAAGCUUGGAUAAGGUAUCUCAACUAUUCUGUUAUUGAUGACUGGAGGCCAUGGAUGAUCAGCGAUCAAAUCGCUGGAUACACAAGGACUUAUGUAAAUAAGAUGACAUUUGCUACUAUCAAGGGAGGGGGGCAUACACCAGAAUACAAACCAGAUGAAAGCUUUAUCAUGUUCCAAAGGUGGAUCAAUGGCCAACCUAUGUAAAGAGGAAAUAAUUCUAAAUUUCUUAAAGUGCAUGUGUACAUAUACACUCUGGUAUACACAUUUUCAAAAUAUGUAAAAGCACUUGGCCUUUUAAGUGACUUCAAAUAAAACUCAUAAUUUGAUAAUC